AUGGAAACUCUUGCAUUAAAAUUUGAUUGGCGUAUUUACGAUCUUAAAAAUAUUCGGAAGGUUCUAUCUGCUGGUAGCUCUCUGCACCUCACAAGUGAACGAUUUUCCAGUCCUGAAUUUCCGAGUGUUGCAUGGGAGUUACAUCUUGAGUUAAAACAAGAUUCAAGUGAUCUUUUUGUUUGGCUUCGCCAAAUAGGGCCAGAUAAUAUAAAUGCUUUUGUGAAUACGAAAUAUAAAAUUUAUGCAUUAAAGAAUUCUACAUGCAUAAAUAUUACAAAAUCCACAUACAAGUUUGAGAAUCCGGAUGAGAUUGGUUAUACUAAUAUUUCGUUUAACAGUGUUGUUCAAGUAGAUGGGCGUUUAUAUAUUCGUUGUGAAGUCGAAUUUGACUGUUAUAAUUUAACUGUUAAUUUGCAAGAUACUUAUCGUAAAAUGUUGCAGAAUGAAACAUUUACUGAUUUUGUUAUUAAAGUUGAUGAUAAAAUUAUAAAAGCACACCGUAUUGUUUUAGCACAAAAUAGUCAAAAAUUGAUGGCCGAAGCACAAAAGGUUUACAAUUUAUGA